GAAUACUAUUACUAUAAUAACACGCUGUCUAUGUAGGGAGCGUUUUAUGUUUUGUGACGCGGCCGGCGAUGUCCAGCGCGCGUGCUGAUGUUGGCGAGUUCAGCGCGCGCGCUUCAGUCAUGCAGUGGGCGGUGCGCGCGUGUGAGAAACCCCCCUGCGCGAUCAAUCCCGCUCGUCAGAGUGCUCGCAACGACCGCCCGGGACAAACGCAUCAUCAGCCACGCGUCCCAGUUCCUCACACAGCGGUUUAAUGCGCGAUCUCCGCCCGUGCGCGGGUUCCGUGGCCAUGCCGGAGUCCGGCGUGAAGGUGCUGAAGGAGGGCGUGCUGGAGAAGCGCAGCGACGGGCUGCUGCAGCUGUGGAAGAAGAAGCAUUGCGUGCUCACCGAGGACGGACUGGUCCUUCACCCACCCAAACAGCACCACGACCACCAGCAUCAGCACCACCACCACGACACGGGCUGCAAGGCGAAGGAACUCCACUUCGCCAACAUGAAGACCGUGGAUUGCGUGGAGAGGAAGGGCAAGUACGUGUACUUCACGGUGGUCAUGUCGGAGGGCAGGGAGAUCGAUUUCAGGUGUCCGCAGGACGAGGGCUGGAACGCCGAGAUCACUUUACAGAUGGUCCAGUAUAAGAACCGGCAGGCGAUUCUUGCCGUCAAAUCCAGCCGCCAGAAGCAGCAGCUGCUGGUGGUCUCUGCGCAAAAGAUGGUUCGAAACGCGCAGUAGGGCGGCGGGGAGCGGGUGAGCCUGGCCGGAGGGGGUUCGAAUUAAGGGAUUUCCCUUGCGUGAAACAAGAUGCGCAGAGCUGUGAUACCCGAGGGGUUUGUGGAUACGAGUGUCACCUUGUGCGCAUUCCCGCGCCCGGAGCGCGCACGGAUGCAUGCUCUUGCGUUAAAAGACAUCAUUGCCGAAAAGCCAGGGAAUAUCCCCUUAAAGAUUACACGUGGGACACCGGGGCAAGUUGUCACAGGUUGUGUAUUGCAUACAUUUAGAUUUUACGCAUGCGCGUAUUAAGCUAAACAAAUAUUACGUUCGACUGCUUUUUGGAAUUUUAGUUUUGCUUAAGAGCAUUUUUCACAUUUUUAUUCACUUUCCUAAGUGUCAAUAAACAACAGGUUUCCGCUGUGACAACUUGCCCCACACAUUGUCACAAAAUGCUUUAAGGCAUAUUGGGUGGGUGUGUUAAAAACCUUUACAGCAUCUAUCUGUACACAUCUUCACUUUUUAUGAAUAAUCCCUCUCCAAGGAAACGUUCACUCUAGAGUUUUAAAUGUGAAAAUGCCGUGCGUCUUUUCUGCAUCAUCAUUUGUCCGGCUGUAAGAGAGAGGCCACAUUCAUUUUCCAUUUCAGUGCACUUGCAUUUGUCAAUUCUGUGCGACUCCAGACACAUAAUCAAUAUCUUUAAGACCUGAAGGCAGAUCAGUUACGCUCCAGAACGAAUGUGUGUGGAGAUUUAAAGAGACCACCGGAGCAGGACCCCUGAAUGCUGUGUGUCAGGGAUUGUGUCUGCAGGAUAAAUGGAGUCGUUAGCUGGAUGAUCGGAUCUUUGAGGACUCUUACGUGAUUCACCUCCACAGCUCCAUUUACCUUCUGAACUGGCCUAUCCAUUCGUCCAAAAUUGCCAACGGAUUCAACUGUGCGUUCAUGUAUCAUUUUCCUCUUUAUUUCGGUUUUAUAUUUAUUUGUACAUAUGGUUUAACAGGUCGCUUACAUUUCAGUGUACUCUGACUUAACGUUUUGUAGUUCUAUGAAAAUCUUUUGUUUUUAUUACUUGUCUAAGAUUUGCUUUUGACCAACAUUGGUUUUAAAGGUUUUUCUUUGAUUGGGAGUAAUUCAUUCUUUGUUUAAUUGUAUUUCUUUUACAUUCAAAGAAUGUAUUUAAUCUUUUGUCAAAUUUUUGGAUGUUUCGUUGACUUACUGCUCAACACAUUGAUUACGACAUCUGCACUGUACGGAUGAUGAUCAAUGUAUUUUGAUCAAUAUUACACGACACAAAUGUUGUUUAUUCGUCAGAAAUGUCACGGUGAUCUAUAAUGCGGUCCUUAUAGAAUCCUGAACGAGCUGUUGUUUGUUUAUUAUUUGUGUGAAAAUGAAGGAAUGAAAUCGUGUGUGAAGCUGAUGUGAAUGACACUUUAAUACAUUUGAAAUAUACAUUCCAUUGAAACUGAACAUUGCCUCUGUCUUGGUUUGAUUGACUGUUUUUGUAGUACAGAAAGAACAAACCGAUGCUCACUAUAACACCACAGUCUCAGCACGUUUUGCUUCCGUGAUGUUUUUCAGGUGAACACAUUUGAAAUGUUUAGCAAAUUUGUGUUCUAACUUUUUUCUCCACGACAGCAGGUGAUCUGGCCAUGUUUUGCAUUUUGAUACGCAGUAACAUGUCAAGUAAAGCUUGCGUGGUUCUGGUGGUUUUGGCUCUUAUCUCUCACUCUUCCGUUUGGUCUGUGAUCCGUUUGCCCAUCUUCCCGAGCUAUAAGUAGAAGUCGUUUCCUGGAAUGAUCUUUCGCUGUCAGAGCUGUCAUUGAGACACAUCUACGGCUAUGAACGACAGCUAACUCGAUUAGAACCCAGGCGCUAAAUCAGACCACCGUGAACGGGUUUGUGUUACUUGUGACAUUUACGGACAGCUUCAUUACAUCUGAGCUGUUAUUAUUUUUUAGACGGAUUCUUCACAAAUUAUUUUGUGUUCCACAGAAAAAGAAAGUUAAGAGAGUUAAAGAGAAAGUAAAGAUCUUUUUUAUUUUGGGGUGCACCGUCUCUUUAAGGGCUUGCGCGUGUUCAUUUGUGAUGUGAUCUGUGUGUGUGGUCGUGUGGUAGAAACAUAUGAAGUCAUGUUGACAGAUGUAUCUGUGUGUGUUUCAGUGUACAGAGCUACGCAACAGCCACGCAUCAGAUUCUUUUUUAAGAACCGAUAUUGCAUUAUGGGUAACGGUAUGUAAAAACAGCAGGCUGACUCACUCUCUGCCCAUCGUGCACUUGCACAGACACACCCCGCGGAUCUAUUUUCUGCCAUCACACACACCUUAUCCCCUCACGCCGUGUGCCAGGACUGUUACUCUUAUAGCUGCUGAUCUCAUGUGUUUACUGACCUCAUCUCUUCUGUCACACCACUGACACUUUUCCUGCACCAUCAUGACUGUUGAUCGCACCCAAUUACAAUCUGGCUUUUAUCGCUCACUGUUCACUACUCAUUAUGCAACAGAAAUGGAUCAACUUGCUCUUAAGAGUUCACGGACUGGGUUUGACCAUUCCAAUAUAUCGUACGGCCGACUUCUAUCAUACCGUAUACAGCCACGUUAAAGAGACCAUUUAAAAAAUCUUUUCCGUUUUUCUGAAUGUACUAUUUAUAUGGAUGUGUUUAGGUUAAAUUUGUAUUUUUGUUUCAUUCUGUGAACUAUUAACAAUAUUUCUCCCAAAUUUCAAAUUAAAAUAUUGUUUCUGUUUGCAUUUAUUUGCAGAAAAUGAAAACUGGAGAGACUAUAACUGAAAGGAUGCUCUGUAUAUUUUCAGACCUCAAAUACUGCAAAGAAAACAAGUUCAGAUUCACUUUUUAGCAAUACAACAGUCAUAUUUCUACAUGUAUUUUAUGUGAUAAUCUUGUGAUACUUUUUAUCACAGUUUUCAUGUGUCUUGUCAUGCUGUCUUUCACAUUGCUGUUGGAUGACUUUAUGUCACUCCUGCGGUUUGAUUUUGUUCAAAAUCUACAGACACUGGACUAAAGUGACCGCAAUGCAUCUAGAAAUGCUGAUUAAAUGAAA